GUGGCGGCGCGCCAGUCGCACACUCGCGCCUCACGGGGUGGCUGCUAGUCCGGUGCGUGAAUUUUAUCGCGCUUUUUAAACGCUUGCGUAUUCAGAUUAUACAUAUGCAUCGAAUUUGUUAGAAGUAUUUAUAAGUGAUACUUUUUAUGAACGAGGAUUUGCUCGUGAUGUGUGAAAUUGUCUUCGGAAUACCUCAGAGCUGAGGUGCUGGAGUCCUGUAAAGUCGUGGAAAAUCGCGUUAUCGGGAAAGUGUUUUUCUUGUUUGUGGUGAGCGUCGGUGGGAGCCGACGAGCGGGCGCGCGGCCCGUAGUGGCGGGUCGGUGGAUGGUGCGGCGCGGGCGGGCGCCGGGGCGCGGCCGGCGGCGCCGCUAGCAAAAUGUCGAUACCCCUGGGCCGGGAGACGGUACUCCCCACGCAGUGUAUGGCGCGAGCGUUGUACGACAACAUAGCGGAGUCGCCGGACGAGCUGGCUUUCCGUCGCGGCGACCUGCUCACCGUGCUGGAGCAGAACACCGGAGGCAGCGAGGGCUGGUGGCUGUGCUCACUUAGAGGGAGACAGGGAAUAUGUCCCGGCAACAGACUAAGGAUAGUAGCAGGAGUAUUCGACGCGAGUGGUGCGAUGCAGCGGCGGCGGGCGCGGGCGCCAGCACCCGUAGCUCACCAGCCCAUGCCUACGCAGCAGUCACCUGCUUUUACAAAAAUCGAAGAAUGCUCUCACUAUGACGUUCCUCGUGCACCUAUGCCAGUGCAGCGCAUCGGCAUGUACGACUCCCCGAGACCCCUAGUAGACUGGUACGACGCGCCGCGAGCCCCCCGGCCGGCCAGUGCAGACUCCGCGUGUAGUGGCACCGGCUCCCUAGCCUCUGCUACCUCCAGUGCUUCAGCAAACUCUGGGAGCUCUGUACAUUCCGCUGCUUCAGCCUCAAGCACUUAUGAUGUUCCUCGAUCACGAGCACUACCUUUGCCCUGUGACGCUGCACUUGAAGCUCUCGACAGAUUACAGGAGGAGGCGUCAGCUGCAGUAUCCCGCCUGUUAUCGUACGUGUCGCCGGGGUGGCGGCGGCGCGGCGCGCUGCGGGCGCGCGUGCUGGACGUGCGCGUGGCGGGCGCGAGGCUGCGGGCCGCGCUGCACGACCUCGCAGUCUUCGCAGAUGCCACGCUCGCCAAUGCACAUGAUGCACAAGAUAAAGGUAUCGCAGUAAAGCUACGUCCUUUAGUGAAAGCAUUGAAGGAUGCAGAACGCAUAACGCACGAAGCGACGAGCGCGCUGGACGCAGGAGACUGGGCACCCGAGAGACUGGAGAGAGACAGAGAGCCUACGGACGGGACUGAAGACGCACUGGAUCAGUUAGUGUCGUGUGCGCGGUCCCUAACUGAGGAUGUGAGAAGAGCAGCUUCAUUUAUCAACGGCAAUGCAUCGCUGUUGUUUAGGCGAUCACCGGCUGUACCUGUACCAGAACAUGAGUGGACGGAGGAGUAUGACUACGUAAGACUGGAGUCUCGCUCGGCGGUAGGCCGGCGUAACGCAGAGAUCAGGGCUGCACUGCCGGACAAACUUAGGGCUUCCUUCGACGCGCUUGUUCGAGAUGCUGACCAUGCGGGCGAGGUGAGCGCAGUGGCAGCCGCCACCAGACUGCCCGCGGACGACCGCCAGUUGGCCGCGUUCUACGCCGCGCAGGCCGCCACCUACGGCGCGCACCUCGCCACCGCCGUGGAGGCCUUCCUCCGCACGAUAGACAUGGGGCAGCCGCCCGACGUGUUCCUAGCACACGGCAAGUUCGUCGUGCUCAGUGCGCAUCGGAUCGUGCACGUCGGCGACACAGUACACAGGAGUGCCCGCCACGCUGGACUGAAGACCCAAGCACUGAGAUGUUCGGAUGCAUUGUCGGAUGCGCUGGCAGCGACGGUGGCUAAGACCAAGGCAGCCGCGCAACAGUUCCCGUGCGCGGGCGCAGUGGCCGACAUGGCGGAGGCGGCGCGGGCGCUGGCAGCGCGCGCGGCCGAGUUGCGGCGCGUACUGGUGCGGGCGGCGGACCCCCCCGCGCCGCCCCCGCACUCGCCCGCGCCCUCGCACUCCCCCGCCACGCCCGUGCCACCCUCAGCGCCCCAUACGCCGCUCACGCCACUCACGCCGCUAGCCUCGCCGCCCACGCUGCAGAUAUAAACCCUCGGUGGUGACCUCAGUAUGUGUGGCUCGACGCCGAAUAAUCUUACCUGUAACCACGGGUAAGCAGGAGGACCAUUUCGGGCUGGAAGCUAUCCGUCAGUCCCGAUCCUCACGCCCCCAGGAAGGUGAUGAGACUGAAGACCUUGCGCUGGUCGUGGUUCUGUUCGUACCUCGCCUGCGGGGCGUUUCUUGUAGAUACGCUAGGCCUGGCGUCCGCUUAGCCACGAAGCAGUUCGGGUGGAGUGGACGCCCUCGUGGCACCCCCUAUGAGUAGCAUUACCAAAGAAGCUGAGACGGGCCUGAAGCCUGUCCACCUAGACUGCCGGAACGUUGACGAGAAAAUUGCAGUAAAUUCUAUUUAAAUGUUAGUAUUUAUACUUUUAUGAUAAAUCGAAGGCUGCUACUAGGACUUUUUGUUUGUGAAGCGUUUCGCCGAGGACUAGCAGGGCGAGUUAAAAGUUGCUGGAUGCUCAUAUUGCCGUAGUGAGUUGAGUUGUCCGUCCAGUUUUAUACAAUUUUGCAACAGAACCAUAUUCGUAGAACGAGUUAGUGAAAUUGUAAAGUGAGGCAUUUGCCAAAAUGAAACGAGACGUUUUAAUUUAUACGAGUUAUAGGUGUACUACUUAAAACUUAUGAAAAUGAUGAUGCACCGAAUGCAAGUGAAUAAUAUUAUCGUAUGUGCUCAUACGCUUGUGCUAAAUGAAACGCUGUUGCGAUGUCUCAUCGCUUUCUUGCUGAUUCACGAUGUAAUUAUGCGAGCACAGUUGUGCGCCUAAAGUAAUAAAUGGAUGUGCUACAAUUUGUGGUCAUGUUAACAACACCUAUUGAGAUAAUUGAAUUGGGCCAGAAAUGUAGAACUGUGGAUGCCUUUUGCCUAUCUCGUGUGGCGAUAGCCGUAAUAGUGAGGGUCGUCGCAUAAAUGAAUUUAACAGUGACAAUAUUCUUUUACUAUUUACAACUAAACAAUUGUUUGAAUGUUCCUUGCAAAUGGCUCAAAGUUAACAAAGUAUGAUUGUGUGUAACAUUCGUGCGGAGGUCAGGUCUGAAGGGAAUAUGUUCGUUAGCCGCUAGACUGACUCGACAGCUCAAUUAUAAUAAAUUAUGUUAAAGCUCACCUUUAUAUACUUGUGGCUUGUCAUUACUUACCUACUUACCGCAAUAGCGUUACUGUAUGUACGUACCUACGUUUUGUACUUUAUACAUAUGACUCUAGUAGAUAGACGUAGGGAUAUAUCAAUGUAAAAAGCAUGUUGUAUAUUAGCGAUGUGUAAUAUAUUUUAGACGUUGUAGUUUAGUUAGGUAUAGAUGAAAUUGUACAAAUGCAUAUUAAUAAUUUUAAUAUUGAAUUAUAAUUUAAUCAUCUUGUAAAACGCAAUCAAGUAAAAUAUACAAAA